CUGGUAGUCUGCUGCGGGACCAGGACGGAGCUGAGGGGGGUCUGAAUGUCCAGCCGGGACGGUCGGGGGACCAGCGCCAACUCGGAGCCGCACUUCACAGGUCUUCAGGUUGACUGAUGAACAUCCAGUAGGACCGUGGUUGGGCUACACCGACUUGGAUAGAGGGUCAGCAGUGCCAGGAGAACAGAAGAGAUUGCAGGACAGAAGACGCGUAGUGCUUUGCUCGUGGUUAGCCUUUAGCGUGUUUGUGGGGCGGAAGAAGGAUUGCUUGGCGAUGGUCACAGCUAUGGACGACUCCUGUCCCAAUGGGGUGCGGGAGGCGGAGGAGGAGGUGACGCCCCCGGGACAGCCUAGCGUGGAGGGACCCCCGGCUGGGAGGGCUGCCCAGGAAGCAGACACGUCUGGAGCCAUGCAGCAGGUGCUGGAUAAUCUGGGUGAGCUUCCCACCUCCACCGGUGCCAAAGACAUCGACCUGCUCUUUCUGCGCGGCAUCAUGGAAAGUCCCACUGCUCACGAGCAGCUGGAGGAGGUGAAGCUCGAAGCCGUGCAGGACAACAAUGUGGAGCUGGUGACGGAGAUCCUCGGGGACAUAAGCAGCCUCAAGGUGAAGGAUGACAGCGCGGCCGAACUCUCCAGGAUCCUCCAGGAGCCGCACUUCCAGUCUCUUCUGGAAGCUCACGACAUCGUGGCCUCAAAGUGCUACGAGGUCCCGCCACCAACCGAGAUGUGCAACGACGCGGCCGUGAACAGCGCCCUGAUGCAGGCCGACGCCGUGCGGAUGAUCGGCAUCCGGAAGAAGGCCGGCGAGCCUCUGGGUGUGACUUUCCGCGUGGAGAAGGACGACCUGGUCAUCGCCAGAAUCCUCCACGGCGGCAUGAUUGACCGGCAGGGCCUGCUCCACGUGGGCGACAUCAUCAAGGAAGUCAACGGGAAGGACGUGGGCAACAAUCCCACCGAGCUGCAGGAGAUGCUCAAGGACUGCAGCGGCGGAAUCACGCUGAAAAUACUGCCGAGCUACAGGGACGCUCCGGCGCCGCCGCAGGUGUACGUCCGGCCGUACUUCGACUACAACCCGGCCAACGACAGCCUGAUCCCAUGCCGAGAGGCCGGAAUGGCCUUCGACAAAGGCGACAUCCUGCAGAUCGUCAACCGGGAGGACCCCAACUGGUGGCAGGCGUGCCAUGUGGUGGGCGGUGCCACGGGGCUGAUCCCCAGUCAGUUUUUGGAGGAGAAGAGAAAAGCGUUUGUUCCCAGAGACUUUGAUGGAUCAGGGAUUCUUUGUGGUACUUUAGCUGGAAAGAAGAAGAAGAAAAUGAUGUAUUUAACAGCCAAGAAUGCAGAGUUCGACAGACACGAGCUGCAGAUCUAUGAGGAAGUGGCCAAGGUCCCUGCGUUCCAGAGGAAGACGCUGGUUCUGAUCGGCGCUCAGGGCGUGGGCCGCCGCAGCCUGAAGAACCGCCUGAUGGUCCUCCACCCCACCCGCUUUGGCACCACCAUACCCUACACUUCGCGGAGGGCCCGGGACGACGAGCUGGACGGGAACUCCUACCACUUCACCUCCAGAACGGAGAUGGAGGUGGACGUGAAGGCCGGCCGCUUCCUGGAGCACGGCGAGUACGACGGCAACCUGUACGGCACCAAGAUCGAGUCCAUCCACGAGGUGGUGGCCACGGGGCGCACCUGCAUCCUGGACGUCAACCCACAGGCCCUGAAGGUGCUGAAAACAGCAGAGUUCAUGCCUUACGUGGUGUUCAUCGCGGCGCCGGACUUCGACACCCUUAAGGCCAUGCACAAGGCGGUGGUGGACGCCGGCAUCACCACCAAGCAGCUCACGGACGUGGAUCUGAGGAAGACGGUGGACGAGAGCGCCCGGAUCCAGAGGGCCUACAGCCACUACUUCGACCUGACCAUCGUCAACGACAACCUGGACAGAGCCUUCGAGACGUUACAGGCCGCCGUGGACAAACUGUGCAGUGAACCCCAGUGGGUCCCCGUGAACUGGGUGUACUGAGGCCCCGGCGCUCCCACCGUCCACUGUGUGUGUGUGUGUGUGUGUGUGUGUGCGCGUGUGUGCGCGUGCGUGUGUGUUUCUGACCACAAGGGCCAAAGAAGAGGAGCAGAAGGCCAGAGAUACUACUGCGAAGCAACACAAUGAAUGAAACCUGAUCGCUCUUCCUCCUCUUGGGCCUUUUUUUUCUACUCAAAACUCAAAGGGAAAGAGCGCUUAUUUAUUUUAUAACUUUUUAUGAAAGAUCUUUCUAUUCAGUGUGGGAUUCCAGUGAGAGUGAAAGAGGAAACAAACAUCUUGCGUUGUAUAUGUGGGCCAUAUUUUUGCAUUAACUUAUUGUCGUAGAUGAAUGUUUUCUUUUGUAGCAGUUUCCCCAGAAUAUUUUAGGUGUUUUUUUUUUUGUCCCCGUCUUCUUCCACCGACUGAGUUCCGAUCGCCGGACGAGGAGGGUGAAGAUCACGCAAUAUGAGCAGUCAUUAUCGAGCGUCGCACAUCGAGGCCAUGUCUGUGCAACCCGUGUAGCUGUGUUUGAUUUCCGUUUAAAUCCUUUCAGUGUUUCUGCCGUCGCUGGUCUGAUCGAGAAGACGACGCUCCAUCUGUGCACGAGUAUGUAAAUGACAACUUUAUAAAGACCUUUUCCAACGAUCAAACCCCGUGUAUGUUAAAUCUCUUUAGUUUUUUUUUAAUUUGUUGUGGUGAUCUGUAGCUUGUAGCGCACAUGAACCCUUGUCGCCGUCAUUUUCGGUCACCGUCUUCACCGUCCACAACAAGCCAGCUUUUUUUUGUGGUUUUGUUUUUAUUUUUGUGAAUGUGGCACAAAACCUGCGAAAUGCCAAAGCCCCGCUCCAAAUUAUUUCACGAUUCAGUUUGUCAAAUCCGAUGGAAAGGCGAAAGUGUGACUCUGAAUGGUUAAAGCAUCUAGCAAAAAAAAAAAAAAACCUCUUUAUAACCACUGUAUGUCCUGUUUUUUGUUUUUUACUCGGUAAGCUGCUGAAGCGAGGAGAUCUGUUUCCAUUUGAAAUGUAGCCUGUGCCAGCCCUACUGCCUGUCCCAGUGUCCGCAUCAACCUCAUGUCCACUCAUUUGUUUUUACAUUUUUAUCAGUAAAGUUACGACAAAUAAAGUUUUAACAAAUCUCAGAC